AUGAGAUCCAGUACUGGCAAUAUGGAGAGAAUAGUUAUCUGCCUGAUAGUCGUCUUCUCUGGGACAGUGGCCCAUAAAUCAAGCUCCCAAGGGCAAGAUCGCUUCAUGAUUAGAAUGCGUCAACUUAUAGACAUUGUUGAUCAGCUGAAAAAUUAUGUGAAUGACUUGGAUCCUGAACUACUGCCAGCUCCACAAGAUAUAAAGAAACAUUGCGAUCGGUCAGCUUUUUCAUGUUUCCAGAAGGCCCAGCUGAAGUCAACAAACACAGGAGACAAUGGAAAGAUAAUCAAUAUGUUAAUUAAACAGCUGAAGAGGAAACUACCUUCCACAAACACAGGGAGAAGACAGAAGCACAGACCAGCAUGUUCUUCAUGUGAUUAUUAUGAGAAAAAACAACCCAAAGAAUUCCUAGAAAGACUGAAAUCACUUCUCCAAAAGAUGAUUCAUCAGCGUCUCUUAGAGCACGGGAUGUGAAGGUUCCCGAGGAUCUCUCCUGAAGCUGGACACUAUAUUACGUACUCUAAAAC